UUUUUCCUUGUUAAUCUUUUUUACGCCUAAAAAAAAAGCAAAACCCAUUAACGGAUCACACACCACUAAUCCUCAAAAGAGCUUCUUGCUUUCUUCUUAAGGCUAAAUGUGCAGAUCUUUAGCCUUAAAUUCUCAUUUUCCAAUGAUAAAACCUACUUUACUGAAGUGGGUUUUUGAGUUUUUGUGGAAAAACUAAUAGCUAACACUCAAAAUCAAAGAUUCUUAGUAGUUUCUUACUGAUUUUUUUCAUUUCUUUUUCCCUUUUAUUGAUGAAAUUGUUAGCCAUUGAGUCAAAAUUAAGUCUUUUUGAGAGUUGGAAGCUAGGAUGAUUCAGUUAUUGUUUUUGGUUCUUUUUGCUGAAGGCGUUAUGGCAUUCCUUCUAUCGGUAAAGAUUGGGCCUCUGAGAGAGCUUGUCAUGAAGAGUUUAGAUCAGUUGAAGAUGGGGAAAGGUCCGGUUACCAUGAAAACCAUUGCUGGUACCAUGUCUCUGAUUCUUUUAUCGAGUCUAAUGAGCAUUAUCAAGAUCCAAAACAAGGGUGCAAAGCUUGGUACCAUGUCACCUAUGGAUCAGGUUCUAUCGAGAACCCAUUUGCUUGAGGCUUCACUCAUGGGUUUUGCCCUACUUCUUGGGUUCAUAAUUGACAGAAUGCAUCAUUAUCUUAGAAAACUUAAUGGGUUGAGGAGUAGUACGGCAACUUCGAAGGAGGAAGUUAAACGACUUCAAAAAGAGAGAAUGCAGCUUAAAGAGAAGGAUGACGAAGCUUCCAAGGAGAUAAAGCAACUGAAAGAAGAAGUUUCCACUCUAUCAGAGAACUUGAAGAAGCUGAAGGUGGAAUCUGAAGAGAAAGACAAAAAGAUUGAAACUGCUGAAGCAUAUGUUGUUUCUCUACAGAAACAAUCUGCAUAUUUGCUACUUGAGUACGAUCGCCUAUUAGAAGAUAACCAAAAUCUUCAAAAUCAAGGUCUAGGAUACAUGAAAUUUUGAAGGACUCAAAGAAAUUUGUGCUUCGGGUAUUGAUUGGUGUGUCUUGUGGAGAUCAAAGGGGUCUGUGCAGUGGGGGAUAGUAAGUAGCCUUGCCUGAGCACAGUUGAAAAUUUUGUACCAAUUCUCUUGAAUCUAGAAUUCAUAAGUUUGUUCAACCUUUUGUGUUUAGCAAUAGUUGAAACAAUCUUUUUGAUAGUCAUUUUUGUCCCCCUGCUAAAAAUCAUUAAACUCAGAGGCGGAUCAACAUUGGCAGGGUGUCCAUGGAUACUUUU